AGCGCCAAAAGUUUAUGUUUAUACCGAUUUCUCUCCUCAUAUUGGAGGUCAUCGUGGAGGCAGAUUAGGCCACCGUUGGCAUUUUCAUUGGUCGUGGGGCGCCCCGUCCAGACCCAGGAGGGAUCGGAAGAUGACACGCGGCAGACCACGUUGGCCGUGAAAUGGCUGGUCGGUUUCGAUGCAACAGCUUGGGAUCCGAAUCCACGAAGUCUCAAAUGCUUUGUUUCUUUUUCAUCGUGUGGCGCUUUUUUUUUCCCUGUGUGCAUUACUCCCCCAGGCUGGCUCACUGGGCGCGCCAGCUAUUCGUUGCUGGAUGGUGGUGUUCUAAUCAGCUUGGCGACGCGGUGUCGCAUCCAUAACUUCAGCUGUGGGAUUUGAGUAGGCUGGGUAAAAGCAAGCCGUACUCUGCACGCGUUGACGAUGGACACCAACAGGGGCAUGUGGAGCGGGAGCGGUGGCUGGGAUGUGGGGAACGAUUUGAGACCACAGCCGGACGGGGGUAUAAGAACGAUGUCGCUGCGGGGAGGGUACCCUAAUGCUAUUCGUGUUAGUUGGAAUCUCUUGUGCAUCUUGGGGGACGGUACCCUCGAAUAUUCUGCAGUUUGGCCGGCGGAGGGUUCCAUGUUCUUGAAACAUGUUUUUCUGUCCUAGGUCCAGCUGUAGCCUGUUGUACAUCUCUGAACUCUGGGCUUCUUCCGCGGCGCGCGCCUCACGCUGCGAGACACGUGCAGCAGGGACAGGGGGAUCAGAUCUGCUUGCCGCCAAGAUGACGUGUUCGCGUUCGAAUUUCAGGGCCACGGGCUGGAAGGACUCUGAUUUCGAGAAGCCUAUCAUCACAGUGGGUGCGCCGUACACCAACACGAUGCCUUGCAACAACCAGUUCCGUGACUACGCGGACAUCAUCGCGGAGGAGAUCGAGCGGAUCGGCGGCAAGGCCCACCUGGCCUUCACGCCAGUGAUCAGCGACGGUCAGACGCAGGGCACACACGCCAUGAGGUAUUCUUUGAUCAGCCGGGAGCUCAUCGCGGAUUCCAUCGAAACCAUGCACGAAGGCUACCACGCCGACGCCAUCAUCACCUUGGGCGGCUGCGACAAGACAGUGCCCGGCGUGGUGAUGCCCCUCGCAAGGAAGAACCUCAUCGGCCUCUCCCUCUUCGGGGGUCCGGCACUCCCGGGCCAGAGCAAGCGCCCGUGCGGGGGCGACGAGAAGCCGCGCGGGCUGGACCCCGGGACGGUGAUGGAGGCCAUCGGCGCCUACGGCAACGGCCUGAUCGACAUGGAGGAGCUGCACCGCAUCGAGUGCACGGCCCUGCCAGGCAGCGGCACCUGCAGCGCCAUGUUCACCGCGUGCACCAUGGCGUCGGCCGUGGAGGCCAUGGGCAUGGCGCUCCCAGGCACGUCGGGCCACGCCGCCACGUCGCGCGAGGACUACCGCGCGGUCACCCCCGAGAAGCGGCAGGACUGCGCGCGGAGCGUGGAGGCUUUGUUUAACCUGAUGGAGAAGGGCAUCCGCGCGCGCGACAUCAUCACCGCGAAAUCUUUGGAGAACUCGGUCAUGGUCGUCUACGCGGUGGGCGGCAGCACCAACGCGUUCCUGCACCUGCUGGCGAUAGCGCACGAGGCGGAGAUCCCGCAAGAGGAGUUCAACAUCGAGCGCAUGCACGAGGUCGGGCAGCGGGUCCCCAUCCUGGCCAACGUGUCCCCGCACGGGCGCUUCCACAUGCACGACCUCGACGGCGUCGGGGGCAUCCCGGCCAUCAUGCGCGAGCUGCUGGACGCGGGACUCCUCCACGGCGGCUGCAUGACCGUCACUGGCAGGACGGUGGCAGAGAACCUGGAGGGCGUUGCGGCUGUGCGGGGCCGGGGACCGCAGGAGGUGCUGAAGCCGUUCUCGGACCCGUUCGCGCCGAGCGGCAACCACAUCGUGGUGCUGAAGGGGAACCUGGCGCCGCAGUCUGCGCUGGUCAAGCUGUCAGGCAAGCAGGAUAUUCGGCAUACUGGGCCGGCACGCUGCUACGACACGGAGGCGGAGGCCUUUGCCGCCGUCAUGGACGGCACGAUCAAGAAGGGCGACGUGCUGGUGAUCCGCUACGAGGGCCCGAAGGGCUCCCCGGGCAUGCCAGAGAUGCUCAGCCCGGGGGCCGCGCUGGUUGGAGCAGGCCUGGGCAAGCACGUCCCUCUGGUCACGGACGGGCGCUUCAGCGGCGCGUCCCACGGCAUCAUGGUCGGGCACGUCACGCCCGAGGCCUGCGACGGGGGGCCCAUCGCGCUGCUCCGGGACGGCGACAUCGUCACCGUGGCCCCGGGAGAGCGGCUACUCUCGGUGGACCUGUCCGUGAUGGAGCUGGAAGCGAGGCGCGCGGCCUGGACUCCCCCGCCCGCGCGGCCCAACACCCGGGGCGUCCUCGCCAGGUACCAGAAGAACGUGGCCUCCGCCCAUUUCGGCGCCACGACCUCCUGACAGAGGUGCGGGCGAGGAAA